AUGGCGAACGUCACUUUCGUGUCGGAUCUGCCGCCGCUGCCGGCCUACGAGGUCCGGCCAUUGCCCGACUUGUUCCCUUGGAUCUCCGACUUUUGGCUGUCUCUGCUGCUGCCACACGUCGCCUACUGGGUCGUCUCCAUGUUCUUCCACAUCAUCGACAUCUACGACCUCUUCCCCCAGUACCGUUUGCACACCCCCGAGGAGAUCACCCAACGCAAUCUGGCCGGCCGCUGGGAAGUUGCCCGGGAUGUCCUCAUCGAGCAGUGCAUCCAGAUCGCCUCCAGCGCUGUGCUGUCCCUGACCGAGUCCCGCCAAAUGACCGGCAUGGAGGACUACGAGGUCGCUGUCUGGGCGCGCCGCAUUCGUCUUGCUCAGCGCGCUCUGCCCUCGCUCCUCGGCUUACUGGGCCUCAACGCUGUCGCUAUCUCUAAGAGCCUGGCUGCUUCGUACCCCGUGCUCGCUGGUGUCCUGGCUGGCGGUCACUACCCCUUCCUGACCACUGAGCUCGAUGCUGGUACCGUUGUUCCCAGCUUUGCUGCCUGGGAGCUGGCCGUCGCCAAGUUCAUCUACUGGAUCCUGAUCCCCGGCUUCCAGCUGUGGUUCGCCGCCUGUGUUCUCGAUGCCUGGCAGUACUUCUGGCACCGCGCCAUGCACCUCAACAAGUGGAUGUACACCCGCUGGCACGCUCGUCACCACCGCCUGUACGUUCCCUACGCCUACGGAGCGCUGUACAACCAUCCCGUUGAGGGCUUCGUUCUCGACACUCUGGGCGCGGGCAUCGCCUACAAGGCGGCCCUCCUGACCCCUCGCCUGGGCAUGAUCUUCUUUGCGGGCAGCAUGCUUAAGACGGUCGAUGAUCACUGCGGGUACGCGCUGCCCUUCGACCCGCUGCAGCGCAUCACCAGCAACAACGCCGCCUACCACGACAUCCACCACCAGUCCUGGGGCAUCAAGACCAACUUCUCUCAGCCGUUCUUCACCAUCUGGGACCGCUGGCUCGGCACGCGCUAUGAGGGCGACGUCAAGCUGCGCUAUGCGCGCGAGCGCGAGAAGGCUGCUGCUAAGGCUGCCGCUAAGGCUGCUGCUGCUGCGAACGGGAAGAAGGUCGUUGUUGAGUCGGAGUCGGAGAGCGAGUCGAGCAUGGGCGAGACUGCCGCGACAGCGAAGAAAACGGCGAAUGGGAAGGUUAAGGCGAAGUAA